CUCCUUUAUCCCGACAACACCUUCCCGACCUUACCUAUCCAAGAUAAUGCCGCCUGCCGUCACAAUCCGUUGGCUGAACUGACGCAGACAAGGAGUGCUUAAAGACGUAUACUUAGUUAACGACGGUCAUCAAGCGCGCCAUCUGUGUUUGGUCUCCCACGGUCUCAAGUCACGGCCAUUCUUUGCGUUGAACCACCAACCAAACUGAAAGGUACCUCCAUCAUACUGUAGGGCCCAUCACAAGGCGUCCACCCCCCGGCUCUCCGCCCUCAUCCGUACCGCGUUGACAAGCAACGAUCAAGUCCAGCACAUUGCAGUGCUCUGCCUGUGAACUCACCAUACUUACCUACCCAAUCGGACCCGGGCCGUUUCAUCACUCAUCCGCAGGACACUCUGACGUCCAUCCAUCUGUGAUUGCCUCUCUUCAUCAAGGAUAUUACUGGAAACACCGGCCACUAUCCGCGUGCUCAACACGCAAUACCAUCCAGAUAUCGGUUUGAUUCACAACUAGAUUGCAUCACCAUAGGUCAUCAUCGACCUAGCCUGCUGUCCUCUCCGGCAUCAACACCAUCACAUUACACCCCGCCAUAAGGGAAUCCCUUCGUCAACCCUCGCCGGCAGCCACUGGUUGUACACGAACGAAGCCGCGUUAUCGCAUUAAACGGUGUUAUAACGCUGUUCUAGGAGCCCAAAAUGGACUUGGCCCCUACCCCGCCACUUCCCCCCAAAGCAGGUCGUCUGGCUUCACGCUGGCUUCAAGACUUGCUGCAGGGCGUCCUGCGUGAGGGCGAUCCUGUCUUCGACUGCUAUUCUUUGCGAGACCCUUCACGCCGUGACACUUCGUCAUGCCGGCUCCAUGAACUGGUCAUUAUUGGCUCGCAAAGCCAUGGCAUCGACCACGACGGUCGAGCCCAGCUCGCGCCCCUCGUAGUAAGCUGCAUGUGCAAGCUUUGCCGUCACCACUUCGUUGUCAGAUACACCAUUCCCGAAGACGAAUGCGGCCAACUCCAUACCGCACAAGCUCACCACUAUGUUGUUGAUGCCAUGGUAGACAGGCCGACCUCCCCACUUGAGGCUUCAAAAUUAUAUCCCCGUGUCACCAGCAUCACUCACGUCUGCUCGCUCUGCAGGCAGACCGUUUCUGUCGACGUUUUGCGGCCACACUUGAAAACAGCCUGGAUCAACCGGAUCAUGGACAAGGACAGGAUAAGAAACGCUUUGGCGAUCGCCAAGAGGGAAGAGCCAGAACGCUACGGCGAUCUAACACCAGAAAAGGAGGAGAACUAUGCCAAUUCGCCUUUACAGACCCUCAACAUGUACAUCAAAAACAUUCUCGAGGACGACUGGAGCGCCCCGCAGAAGCGCAUCGCCAGCCGCAACAGGACCUUCUCAGUCCAGUUUGGCCCAGCAUGUGCCGACAUAUUCCUUUAUCUUGGCUUCACGGAAGAAGUGGAUGUCUCAACCGGAGACAAGUUCUGGGUACCCCCUCGGCUUCCUAUUUCAGCCUUUCGAACACCCCUGGGCUCACAACGUGCUUUUCUCGAGAACGUCAGAAGCGAGGUGCAAAGUUUUCUAGCCGAGAACCCUCCGAGGCCGGACCUACCCGUCGUGGGGGCAACGGUUAAUGCGAUAGAGCGGCUGGACAGGGUCCUGAUAUCGGACUGGCUUCGCAGCCACGAGACCCGAUCGGCGCGAAGCUCGGAUGAGGCCCAGCACUUUCGCAUCUUGGGAGCAUCCGAAAGGUCGGAUGAGGAGGUGCUCAAGUAUGCCUUCCUCCAACAAGUGGACGUGGAUCCGGCGAACAGAGACACCUACAAGACUGCGCUUGCCAAUCUGGCUGGCUACAGGAGUGAAGAGUUUCAGAUGUACGUCUUCAGUUUGGACGAGAGUCCUGCCGCCCCCAGCGGUCCUCAAUCUCAGGAGCCUCCUUCAGACGUAGACAAAGCGUAUAGGCACUUUAAUAUUGAGCCGAAAACGAACGCAGACGCUCGGUAUUUUAUCAACGUUUACAAAACCUACAGAGAGCAGUCACCAGGACAGCUAUCUAGUCACAGAAUUGCCCUUCUCAAAAUUGGCAAGGACAGGGAUGACUCGGAGAUACUUGACGAGGUGUUUAACGGAGUGAUGGACCACAACGAGGCAUGCUCAAUUCUGGAUUCCGAGCCUGGCUGGUCCUUGGAGAUUGCUGCUGCGGGUGCACGGGAGGCCGUUAAGAACGGCAUUGAUCGCAGACUGGUCAUCAAAGCCUGUGAAACGCUCGCGGAUGCCAUGAGGAAGGAGAACGGGGCGGACGAAAACGGCUGGGCAGAAUUCGAUAUGGUUCUCGCAGAACUCCGGGCUCCGGAUUUCCUCCUACCCAAUGCGGAACAAGGCCCCCAGUUUGAAGAUACGACCGAGUUUAUGUCACUACCCGUUGGCCUCGACAACCUCCGAAACACAUGCUAUCUCAACAGCAUCCUUCAGUAUUUCUACUCAGUCACGGCCGUGAGGAACUUUGUAUUGUCAGCGGACCAGACACCUUUGGAGCCAACCCAGGAAGCUAUGCGGGCUCUUCUAGAUGGCCUAGAUCCAUCUGAACUUGACCCUGGCCGGGCUUAUGUCGGAUCCGAAUUUUGUCGUGAACUGGGCUCCCUGUUUCGUGACAUUCAGGGCGCCGGCACCCGCUCCGUGAGGCCCAGACAGCGUCUGGCCAAUGCAGCUUUGCUCAGGCCAGACAGAAUACGCAGUGGGCCUUUAGAUGGACCUGUUGACAAUGCGUCCAAGCCGGCCACGGUCGAGGCUCCUCCAUUGCCUCCCAGAUCAGGCGCGGGCGACUUACCUAAGGUUACGGUUGACGCAGUACCAGAGCAUUCGGAGACGGACAGCAACCUGAGCUCCCAGACCUUGGUCAACCAGACUGAAGACGACCCGACAUUCAUCGUUGUCGACUGCAAUGCCGGUAAAGGUGAAAGCACAGGCGACGAUAUCACCAUGACUGAUGAACCUGCUCCGUCUACCCCUGUCGCCGAUUCCGCCAAUACUGGAAACGACAGGCCCAGAGACCUGAAACUGACGGUUGCAGAACUUGAUGAAGAGCUUGGUAAGCCCAACGUUGGUUCUGACCAGAUGGAUGUCGACGAAGUCAUGGGCAACGCAAUAGACCAUCUUCGGGCAGCUUUCAGGGUCGAAUCGCUUAGAAAUCCGAUUACGUCAGGGCCAGACCCGAUCAAGGAAGCCUUCUUCUCGACGCUGGUCGACAACCGGAAAAAGACUAGUGAAAGUACUUGGAACAGCUCCACAAGAUCUGAACGUUGGGUGAUUGCCUACCCCGGAAAGAAUGAGCGGAUAUCGUUGUACGAUGCUUUGUCCAGAUCAUUCGAUCUGGAAAGCGUGGGUGCAGAGCUUCUAACCUAUACAACCAUCAAGGACCCGGCUCCCAACUUCCACAUCUGCAUUUCGAGGUCAGAUGGCCGCAACAAAAACGCCAACCCUGUCAUCAUUCCCGAGCUCUUAUACCUCGAUCGCUUUAUGCACACGGAACAGCUCGACUCGCCGCUAUUCAAAGCCCGUCAAAGAAGCUGGAAUAUUGGAAACCGGCUCCAAGAGCUCAUGUCUUGUGACAACAAGAUGAAAGAGACUGAGUCUGCCAUGCCAAUUCCCUUCGUAGUGCAGAAUGAGAGAAGCUCAGACAGCCUUCUAGAGUCCUACAUUCACAUAAGUGAUCAGGACGUUGAGGAGCUCAGAGGACACAAUGUCACAUCAUUCUUGACGCCCGAGCUGGACGCCACUGUCGAGAAAUAUACUAGCCUGCCCAGGCCUGAGUCAUUCCAGCCAGACAUCAAACCUGAGGCGCCGAAUCUUGAUCAAGAAGAGCUUCGCGAUCUCAGUCCAAGUGAAAUCGAGACUUUCGUCACGAGCAUUGAGGCUGAAGCGGCUUGGGAAAAGGGGCAGCUGUUGGCCGAGCGUGAGAAGCUGUUUGAUGGCAUGCAUCAGUAUGUAUACCGGCUUCACGCAGUCGUCUGCCAUGCCGGAACCACGGCCGCCGCCGGUCACUACUGGGUCUGGAUUUACGACUUUGAGGAGAACGUUUGGCGCAAGUACAAUGACACCACGGUGUCUGUCCACCCGGCUGAGGAAGUAUUUGAGCAGCUGAACACCAGGGGUGAGCCAUACUACGUGGCCUACGUACGGGCAGAAAACGUCAAGGACCUCGUAAGCAUCCCACGCCGUCGGUUCGCGGGACUUCCGGUUGGCUCUGACGAACCCACGACGGUGUGGGCUGAGACGGUGGAUAAGAUGGACUUGGAUGCUCAGAAUGCUUAGACAGCUGGAUGUAAGGAAGAAGAGGAAAGGGCGAAGAACUUUCCCCCCCUUAUGGAGCAGCCCAAGCCAUUGCGUGCUCCGCAGCCGUUAGGCACCCGUUCACUUUUCUCAGUGUUAGUCGGAGAUGCUGGACUGUCGUCCAUAUUCGAAGAAGAGUACGGCAACAAACAUGGUGUCGCAAAGGCAAACAACUGUCUUAACUUCCGAUGAGGACUCUGUGAGGCUCGUUAAAGGGGCAAAUAUACGUAGGUUGAGACAGCGGAGGUGGCGGAAAAGGAUGAAGCAUAAUAAAAGAAUGCCAAGAGUAAUGAGGACUAAGGAAGAAGACAGAGGGCUUAUUUCUCCUGGUGUGUGGCCAUACGUCCUCCAUACAUGUCAGUACUGUCAUUGUACCAAGUAGUUUGUGAAUGUCAUGUCUUUGUUGUAGCGUUCUCG